UUAUGCAGGAAAGAGAAAGGAAAGAACCAGACAACUUGGAGGGUAUUCUCUUUGAAGGAAUUGCACGCAGCUACAAAUAAUUUUAAUUAUGAUAACAAGCUUGGAGAAGGGGGAUUUGGCAGCGUUUACUGGGGACAGCUAUGGGAUGGAUCUCAAAUAGCUGUUAAGAGGUUGAAAGUGUGGAGUGAUAAAGCCGAGAUUGAAUUUUCUGUUGAGGUUGAGAUAUUGGGGAAAGUCAGGCACAAAAAUCUGCUGAGUCUACGUGGAUACUGUGCUGAAGGGCAAGAGCGCCUUAUAGUGUAUGACUACAUGCCUAACUUGAGCUUAAUGUCCCAUCUUCAUGGCCAUCACUCAACAGAAUGCCUUCUUGAUUGGGAGCGGCGGAUGAAAAUUGCAAUAGGGUCCGCGGAGGGAAUUGCCUAUCUUCACCACCAUGCAACACCACAUAUAAUCCAUAGGGAUAUCAAAGCAAGCAAUGUGUUGCUAGAUUCAGAUUUCCAGGCUCAGGUAGCUGAUUUUGGCUUUGCAAAACUAAUCCCAGAUGGUGCAUCACAUGUCACAACAGGGGUCAAGGGCACCCUUGGCUACGUUGCCCCCGAAUAUGCCAUGUUUGGGAAAGUGUCAGAGAGCUGUGAUGUGUACAGCUUUGGCGUACUUCUGCUGGAGCUUGCUAGUGGCAAGAAACCCAUACAUAAACUCAGUGUAACGAUGAAGCGCACAAUCACCGAUUGGGUGUUGCCAUUGGUAUGCCAGAAGAAGUUCAAUGAAGUGGUUGAUCCAAAGUUGAAUGGUAAGUACAAUGAAGAAGAGUUGAAGCUGUUACUUCUUGUAUCGCUUAAAUGUGCUCAUAGUCAGCCUGAGAAGAGACCCACCAUGCAAGAGGUGGUGGACCUGCUGAAGAGAGAGUCAAAAGAAAAACUAGCUGAUCUAGAGAAUGAUGAAUUAUUCAGGACAUCAGCUGCAGUUCAUCAAGAGGAUGAUUCAGAGGGUCAUCAAGAGGAUGAUUCAUUGUUUAUCUCAGAGGGUAAAGAACCAAAGGAGUUGAAAGAAGUCCCGCGAACAGAGAUUGAGGGGUCUAAUGGCAGCUGAAGCUUAAAGCCCCCCUGACUUUAUCAGAUAAUUUGUAUAAACAAUAUGCUUGAUCUGAAGCAUGACCUGCAAGUAUUGGAGGUCUUUUACCAUAGGAAGGUGUCGCUGGCUACCCAUUUAAAAGCAUAGCCAGGUGUAUAGCUGCCUGCCCAUCUGAAAGCAUUGUUUUGGGUUGAAGUGUCAGGGUGUGUGGUUUUUUGGUUUGUAAUUUGUUUAUCAGGUUCAAGGAAAGCCAAAACGUUGUAGUGCAUCGUUGGUGGUUUGAAGCUACCAUCUACAUUCAAUUUCUUAAAACGGCGAAAGGUUGGUCAGUACACUAGCUUUUGUAAUGUCUAUUUAAAUAUCUGUUUGGAACUUUUUUGUUUGGAUAUGAUAUCAGGCAUUGUGAUGAAAUUUUUAGAACUCUUAGGAGGC